AUGGCGAAUAAGUUGAAUGAAAGUGAUUAUGAUCAAAACUCGUUGGCAGAAAAAUUUAUCGCAGUUAAAGGUUUAAAUUCCAAUGAUUCUCUGGACAAACAUAGUGUAAUGGUAAAUUUUGAUGCUGAUAAUAUUCUUACUCUUAUUAAACGUGGUUUAUCUCAUGUUAAACUUAAUUUUCCAGUCGAAUGUGCAUUAGAUGUUGGUUGCGGAGCAGGAAAUAUGUCUCGACUUUUAAUUAAAGAAAAACUUGCAGAAUAUGUCGUUGGGGUGGAUAAAUCUCAAGAUAUGCUCAAAUAUGCUAAAGCAGGUUCCAUUGAUGACACCGUACACUAUAACUAUGUGAAUGCUAAUGUCGCUACUGACGAUUUAUUAACUAUUGUUGGUAAAAAAGUUCCACUGAUAGUGCAAACAUAUAUGCUGAAUCAUGCAGAAACGAGCGAUCAAUUAUUACAUAUUCUUUUCAAUAUCGCUAAAGUUAGUUGCGGACUUUUCGUUGGUAUGAUUCCAAAUCCUAAUAGAGAUUAUGCAAGUGAUGCUGUCAAAAAGUUAAUCAAAUACGGUAUUAAAUUUACUGUACCUGAAGAAAAAGAAUCCUUCGAAGAUGGAAUGUCUUAUCAAAUUACAUUCGGACAUGGUACACCACAAGAAGUUACACUCGUUGAUCAUUGGUACAGCACAUCAACCUAUGAGAAGAUGUUCGAACAAGCUGGAUUUAAAUUUCUGGAAUGGGUUCCUGUUGAAGCUAUUAGAAACAAAGAUAAUGCUUAUUUAAUUGAUUUAAUACAGUGCAAAUCGGUUAUUGGAUACAUUGCUAGAAAGAUGUGA